CGACGAGAGACGCCCCCACACGCGGACACGCCACUUCAUCCCGCGAGAAGCCGAGGCGAGCUCCCAAUCUCCCCACAAAUCACACGGCGCGAGGCGAGGCGAGGCGAGGCGGUGGCUGCUGCGGAAUUGAGCUUGGAUCCCGGAGGGAUUACGCGGCGGCGGCGGCGGCGGCGGCGCCACCAUGGAGCCGAGCAUCUAGGCGAGGAUUCAGUUGUCUUAUGGAUCCAGAUGUUCUCGUGGAGCCGUAAGCAGUCGUCCUCCUCCGGCCGCCGCGGCGCGGACGCGUCGUCGAUGGACUCCAGCAGCCGCGGCGGCGGAGGGGAAGGGAGCGGAAGCGGGAGCCGCGGGCGUAGCUCGCGGCUGGAGCGCCGCAACGCGGUGAAGCACAUCGACUACGAGGCGGCGGGGGCGGGGGCGGGGGCGGGGGCGUCGUCCGUGCCGGCGUGCGCGUCGUGGUCGUCGUCCAUGUCGGCGGACCGGUCGCUGGGGCUCCGGCCGUCGCGCUCGCUCGACCUGGCCGUCGGGGGCGGCGGCACGGACAUCCGCAUCAGCGGCAGCGUGGAGGGGGAGGUCGACGAGCUGUGCCGCAGCCUGGGUUUAUCGGGGCCGGAGGAGUUCGCGAUCCCCGUCGCCGCAUGGGAAGCCCGGAAAGAGCGUUCUAACUCCGACCUACUACCGCGCUCCCGCUUCGUCUCCUCGCCACCCGUCGACGACCCCUCUCCCAUGGCCCGCACCAUUUCCGCCCCCGAGGUCAUCCAGUGCGACCUUCCUCCCUCAUUCCCUGCUUCAAUUCCUGAGGAGUCCCUCAAUUCUUCCUCCAAUUCCACCGCAACUGAUUCGGCGGAGGAGCCUACCGCUGCGGCGCUCGGUCAGGAAUCCCCCAAGGCUGCCCCUGCCGUUGCUGCUGUGGCACCCCUCGCUGGAUUGCCCCUGCUAUCGCCAAAGAGAGGAGGCGGCGAAGUCGGUAUCCGAGGAGCCCGACCUCCUGUGCUCUCCCCGCCUCAGCCGCUCAUGGCACUCGCACCGCCGCCAAUGAGGCGUUCAAUUGUGGCUAAAGACAUGAGCGGGGUGUCGGCUUGGGAUAUUGUGAACUCGUUUGCUCCCAGUGAAGAGAAAAGUGAAGUGAGAACAGAUGAUGAACGCGUGGACGCGUCUCACAUGUCGGACACCGAGGAGGAGGAGGAGUUUGCUGACGAGGGAGUGGCAGGGGUGGACGGGGAGCUGAAAGAGUUAAGGAUAGGAGAGACCUUUGAAGGGUUCACUGGGACAUCAUCAUUGUCAACAACAAAUGAUGAUGAUGCAUCCAGCACAACUACGGAGGCUAUGUUCAUCAUCUCACCAAAUGGAAAGUUCAAGAGGAAGAUUAAGUCGUGGAUGCGUGGUGCUCUUCUGGGGAGCGGCUCAUUUGGGAUGGUGUAUGAGGGCAUCAGUGAUGAAGGAGCGUUUUUUGCUGUGAAGGAAGUAUCUUUGCUUGACCAAGGAAGCAACGCACAACAAUCUAUUCUUGCACUUGAACAGGAAAUUGCACUCCUAAGUCAGUUUGAACAUGAAAAUAUAGUCCAGUAUUAUGGAACUGACAAGGAAGAAUCAAAACUGUACAUUUUUAUUGAGCUUGUUACACAAGGUUCUCUAUCGUCCCUCUAUCAAAAGUAUAAACUACGAGACUCACAAGUGUCAGCAUACACAAGGCAGAUUCUCAACGGAUUGGUUUAUCUCCAUGAGCGAAAUGUGGUUCACAGAGACAUUAAAUGCGCAAAUAUACUGGUUCAUGCAAAUGGAUCAGUAAAAUUGGCAGACUUUGGGUUGGCGAAGGAGAUGUCAAAAAUUAACAUGCUGAGAUCAUGCAAAGGAAGUGUUUAUUGGAUGGCACCUGAGGUUGUUAAUCCUAAAAAAACAUAUGGGCCCCAGGCUGAUAUUUGGAGUCUUGGCUGCACUGUAUUGGAAAUGCUUACUCGUAACAUACCAUAUCCUAAUGUGGAGUGGACAAAUGCUUUUUUUAUGAUUGGAAAAGGAGAACGACCUCAAAUUCCCAGCUAUUUGUCAAAAGAUGCUCAAGAUUUCAUUAGCCAGUGUGUACAAGUUGAUCCAGAGCAACGGCCUUCUGCAUCACAACUUAUGUCACACCCAUUUGUUAAUAGACCGCUUCGAGCUUCUUUUGAAUCUGCAUCCCCUCCUGCCAUCAGCUCGUAUUGAUUGUGGCAUGCUUCUGUUUUUGAGAACAUUGCUGAGCUCAUGAACAAAUCUUCGUGGUUCCCACUCAGUGCCAGAAAGGAACUUCUUGGGCUUGUUUAGGAUAUAGUUUAGCAUUUUAGUCAGUUAGGACUAGUGAGAUAAGCAUUACCUUGCUGCGUCGGUCUGGGAAUAUUUGAGUGUUUUCUUGUUGAAGACAUUCAGUAGAUUUUGUACGACCUGGUAGGGGGGAGAUGGAAUUGCUUGCAAUGUAUUUGAGCUUAAGCCAUUGUAAAUUUUUGACUUCAUCAUUAUUUUGGUUUGUUGCUCCUGAAGCACUCAGCUAGAAUUCUUGAUUUUCUCCCAUUUUUGGCGGGUGUGAAUUGAUUUUCGGCUGGUGUCAUCA